UGUGUGUGUGUGCGUGUGUGCUAUAGAGAGAGCGAGUCAGAGGGAGAACCACCACGUCUACUCCUUUCAAUCUGUUAGUCUUAUUGAACAAGCAGCGUAGUGUUUUUUAAUAUCUCGUAGUGAAUACAUUCACAAACCUGAUCUAUAGAGUAAAAAGCUCAAGAAACACAGUCCAAAAAACAGAGUUUGUCUUAAGAAAAUGAACAGCAUGGGUGUUCGGGCCACGCUCGCCGUCCUCCUACUGUUCAUAGCUACUGUGAAGGCUGCUGAAGGAGGAGUAACAUUCUGGAGAGAAACAUUCACAAUGACCUGUCCUGAAAAUGGGAAAUGGUUCAGGGAAGCAAAAGAGAGUGAUUAUAUUGGAGAGACAUACACACAAAAUUAUGAUACCAAAUCCAAGGGCUUAUACCACUGUGAAUACACUGAUGGUGAAGGAAGUGAAUCCAAGAAAUAUUAUUUCUACGUGAAGGGGAAGGCGUGUAAAAACUGCUUUGAGCUGGACUCGUAUGUGGUUGGGCUGGCCAUUGUUGUGGACGUGUUGGGGACAGCAUUUGUGAUGAUGGUCAUUUACAGGUACACCAAGAAGAAAUACUCAGCUGGACUUAGUCAAGCUUCCAAAGCUCCUGCUCGUUCAGCAGGCCGCCACCAGGCUCCAUCUGCCCCACCUGUUGACUAUGAGCCACUGAAUCUUCACACUCGCGCCCAGGAUGCUUAUGAUGUCGUGAACAGGAAUGGAUAAAGACAAGUCAUCUGUCUGCUCUGGGUCACUGGUUAAAAGGCUGCUCAUGCGAAUGCGACAUUCAUAAAAUAAAUACACGAACAUCAGGCAUGCUCCCACUAGCAUGCAUACACUGGCUUUUGCUCUCUUGGAUUUAAAGGGUCGCUUGACCCAAAUGGCAAAAAAAAAAAAAAAUUCUCACUUAAGCCUGGUAUUACAUAGCCAGGCAAUGUAGUUCAGGUUUAAGUUGUCCAGGUAUGCUGCCACCACCGUGGUACAACAGAGCUGAAUGGAAUUUAGUUUGGGAUCCUCACAGUAGUAAAAAUUAAAAAUACAUAAAAAAAUUACUUAGUGACUACUUUCUUCCAAAGAAAUAGUCCACAUGAAAACUGUUGACAUUGUAUAUAGUGGAUUAUUCUGAGAAACAGGUAUGUUUUGUUUCUGUGUGUUGCCAUACAUUAGUAUUUCCCAACCUAAGAGUGCUUAAUAUACAUAAUGUACAGAUAAUGUUCUGUUCUUUUGAUAUUGUCAUACUGGUGUUGGCCUUAAAUGAUAUGAUGAAGCACUGAGAUCAUAGUUAAAAGUGCUGUUAUACUGGACUGCAUUAUAUUCAGAGGUGUUUCUAAUAUCCUUCCCUUCUCAUGUAUGUAGGACAAAAAAGUGUAAUUUAACCUAGGACCUCACUAAUAAACAUAAUUGACUUAACACAUUUUCAACGUCCCAAAAAUGUAACAUUAUCAGCGUUGUAAAGCAGAGCUGCUGGAUUUCAUUAGAUUGUACAGGUGUACCCAAAUAAAAUGAUCACUGAGUCUAUACAGUAUAUGUUUUUGUGUAAUAUACAGCGUUGGCCGAGAGUCUAAUUUAGUGUCAUAGAUAAAAAAUCACACUGUCAUGUCAAAUAGAGAUACCCGAAUACAUGUUUUCUGUACAUAUAUGUUUAUGUUAUGUUGUCAGACAUGUAAAACAUUUCUGCACAAACUCAGUUUGCUCGUCACAUCAACUCGCUUACUGCGUUUGCUUUUCUGCUUUUCCGAUCUAAUCUGUUGUGUUAAUCUUGUUACUGCAAUGGACACACAUGUGUCACUGAUGAAUAAACCACAGUCAGCAGUG